UUGGGAUAUACCGAUCGCUCUACUCUCCAAAAAAAGCAACCUUUGAUUUCUCUAACACCGAAAACCCCCAAAACUUGUAUUCCCAAUCAAACCCCCAAAUUCAAUUUAGGGUUUCUGUAGAUCAACCUCAGCAUCCAUCGUCUACCGCCAAUUCCCGAUUCCAGGUAAAGUUUUGAUUUUUGGAUUGGGGGAUAGAAGAUGGGGGCGUUCAUAUCGAGGUUUUGGUUCAUGUUGUUUCCUGCAAAAGAGUAUAAGAUUGUGGUUGUUGGGUUGGACAAUGCUGGGAAGACAACUACCCUUUACAAAUUGCACUUGGGAGAGGUUGUCACUACGAACCCGACUGUAGGCAGCAAUGUCGAAGAGCUUGUCUACAAGAACAUUCGCUUUGAGGUGUGGGAUCUGGGUGGACAAGAUAGACUGAGGACUUCAUGGGCAACAUACUACCGUGGAACUCAUGCUAUCAUUGUGGUAAUAGACAGCACAGACAGGGCCAGAAUUUCCAUUAUGAAGGACGAACUCUUCAGGUUGCUUGGACAUGAGGAUCUUCAACAUUCAGUUGUACUGGUUUUUGCUAAUAAACAAGAUCUCAAGGAUGCCAUGACCCCAGCUGAGAUCACUGACACUCUAUCUCUUCACAGCAUUAAGAAUCACGACUGGCACAUCCAAGCCUGCUGUGCCCUCAACGGGGAUGGAUUGUAUGAUGGCCUAGGUUGGAUUGCCUCACGGGUUACCGGGAAAGCACCUAGUUGAAGAGCCUGACUGCACAAGAUUUUUCAUAUAUGGGUUUCAAGGCUGAGUGAUGUAAAAACAGUCGUGUAUCAUUAAAGCCAUCUCCUGGCAAAUUUGUAGAUUGUUUCUAAUUUUGAAUGCUUUAUACAUUUUACAUUCUGAAUCUUAAAGCAUUUCAUUAACAAUA